UUGUUUAAUUUUGAAACCUGCAGUCAUUCCACUGUCCUUCUCCCAAAAAGAUGUCGUUCAAAAAAAUGGAUCCGAGCUGUACGAUAGGAUUUUAUUGCAGAAACGUGCAGGACUUCGAGAAGGUUUCGGAAGAGAUCACAAAGAUGCUGAAAUCUUCAUCUAAGGAGAAAUAUCCUUUGUUUACCUUUGUAAAGGGUCAUUCUAGAGACUAUGACUUUGCUUCCAGUCCUCUUCGUGAAGAAAACGACCUUUUCUCAGAGGAUGAAAAGAAAAGAUUAAAAAGAUUUAGUACAGAGGAGUUUGUCUUGCUUUAAGGACAUUUUACACUAGAUUAUUGGCAGCUGUCCAGGAGAACACUUGUCUUUUAAAAUAUAUAUAUAUGUGUGUCCUCCUCCCUCCCCCCAAAAGGCAAGCUGUGCUGGAAAUGGUCUAUUUUCGUAAAGAUUACGAUGUUUUAUAUGUUAAUAGUCUUUAAAAUGUCAUUUAUAAACGUUGGUACUAAUCAUUCUUGGC